AUGUCCCUGAAUCAGAUGCAAAUCAAGCAGGAGCUCACCCUGCCCCCCGGGCUGAGCAAGAGCAUCCCCCCGCCGAGCCAGGACCCCGUGCCCAGCCCCGAGCCGUGCCCGCAGCAGCACCCCGAGCUCCAGGACCCCACACCCCGCCCGGACCCAGCCCCGGCGGUGGCGACGUGCCCAGAAAAAGCCGUGCCCUUGCCAAGCCAGGAGCCGGGCAAAGGAGAAGCCCCCGCGGUGGUGCCCCAGUGCCCAGCCCAGGAGCAGCAGCAGCAGCAGAGCAAGUGCCCAGAGGAGAAACCAGCCUACCAAGAGCUGCCCGAGAAGCAGCAGAUCAAGGAGACCCCGGUGCCCAUCCCUGUCCCGCUGCCUGACCCCACCCCGUGUCCCCAGGAGAAGCAGGAGAUCAAGGAGAUCCCUGUGCCCACCCCGUGUCCCCAAGAGAAACAGGAGAUCAAGGAGAUCCCUGUGCCCGCCCCGUGUCCCCAGGAGAAGCAGGAGAUCAAGGAGACCCCCGUGUCCAUCCCUGUCCCACUGCCUGACCCCACACCAUGCCCUCAGGAGAAACAGGAGAUCAAGGAGACCCCUGUGCCCAUCCCUGUCCCACUGCCUGACCCCACACCAUGCCCUCAGGAGAAACAGGAGGUCAAGGAGACCCCUGUGCCCAUCCCUGUCCCACUGCCUGACCCCACACCAUGCCCUCAGGAGAAACAGGAGGUCAAGGAGACCCCUGUCCCACUGCCCGACCCCACCCCGUGUCCCCAGCAGAAGCAGGAGGUCAAGGAGAUCCCUGUGCCCACCCCGUGUCCCCAGGAGAAGCAGGAGAUCAAGGAGACCCCCGUGCCCAUCCCUGUCCCACUGCCCGACCCCACCCCGUGCCCCCAGCAGAAGCAGGAGUGCCAGGACACCCCGGUGCCAGUGCCAGCUCCCCGUCCCGACCCCGAGCAGUUCUCCCUUCCCGAAAAGGUCCCUCCUGUGGAGCAGCAGCAGCUCAAACAGCCCAACCCGUGGCCUCCCGCCCAGAAGUAA